GGGGAUGUUUAAUUUCUAUCGACGUUUUAUUCCUUCGUAUGCCUCCAUCGUCCAACCUUUAACCGAUCUCCUUAAAAGUGAUCCUAAAAGUUUCAAUGGUCAGAGAAAGCACACGAAUCUUUUUGCAACGCAAAAGAUGCCUUAUCCAGAGUCACUAUGCUAUCCCAUAUCAACCCCGAAGCAUCGCUUAUUUUGUGCACAGAUGCCUCCCAAGUAGCUUUAGGGGCAGUAUUACAACAAAAGAUGAAGGGUGAAGUCACCCCACUCGCAUUCUUUUCUAAGAAGUUGGAACCGGCUCAGACACGAUACAGCACUUUUGGGAGAGAAUUGCUGGCCAUAUAUCUUGCAGUGAAGCAUUUCAGUUACUUACUACGGGGCCGGCAUUUCACUAUUUUUACUGACCACAAGCCCCUGUGUUAUGCUUUCACUACUGCACUCGAUAAACACUCCCCCAGAGAAGCCAGACAGUUGGACUAUAUCUCCCAAUUUUCAACCGACAUUCAGUACAUCAAAGGGGACGCAAGAAGUGACAUAAACCAGCUUCAAACUUCCGUAGACAUCAGUCUUGACCGUAUGGCUCAAUUGCAAAGAGACGACGUUGAACUCCGAACUUGUCGCGGAAACUCUUCCUUACAGUUCAAGGAAGCGUCUAUUCUCUUAUCAGAUGCAACUACAGUUUGCGAUGUAUCUAUCGGCACUAACCGUUCGUUUGUUCCUCUCGGUUGCCGAAAAGCUUUGUUCGAACACUUACAUUCGCUUUCUCCCCCUAGAGUACGCGCCACG